AUGUCUUUACUUUUUUUCUUUUUCUUCUUCACGCGAAACAUUUUUUUCUUUUUUAGACUCUCUUUUCUUUAUUCUUACUUUUCAUGCUUUCCUUCUCUGAUUCCCUACUUUCCCCUUGCUCUCUUUUUAUCCUUGCUCCCUUUUUUCUUUUUGCUCCCCUUUUUCUUCUUCUUCGCUUUUUUGUCCUUCCUUCCCUUUUUCUUCCUUCUCCCCUUUUUCAUCUUGAUCCAAUAUUUUUUUUUAUUUUGUUCCCCUUUUUCCUUCUUAUUCCUAUUUAUGUCCUUCCUUCUCUUUUCUCUACUUUUUCUUCUUGCUCCCCUUUUUUCUCUUCGUUUCCCUUUUCUCUUCUUCCUCCCCUUUUCUCCCCUUCUUUCUGUUUUUCUUCUUGUUCCCCUUUUUUCUUGUUCCAAUUUUCUCUCCUUCCUUCCAUUUUUCUCUUGUUCCUAUUUUCUCUCCUUCCUCGCCUUUUCUCCCCUUCCUCCCCUUUUCUCCCCUUCUUUCUGCUUUUCUUCUUGUUCUCCUUUUUUCUUGUUCCUAUUUUCUCCCCUUCCUCCCCUUUUUUCUCCUUCCUCCCCUUUUCUCUUUUUGUUUCCUUUUUCUCUCCUUCCUCCCUUUUUUCUUUUUGUCCCUCAUUUCUCUCCUUCCUCCCCGUUCCUAUUUUCUCUGCUCCCUCCCCGUUUCUCCUAUUGUUCCUAUUUUCUCUCCUUCCUCACCUUUUCUCCCCUUCCUCCCCUUUUUUCUCCUUCCUCCCCUUUUCUCUUUUUGUUUCCUUUUUCUCUCCUUCCUCCCUUUUUCUCUUUUUGUCCCUCAUUUCUCUCCUUCCUCCCCGUUCCUAUUUUCUCUCCUCCCUCCCCUUUUCUCCCUGUCCUCCCCUUUUCUCUCCAUUCUCUCCUUUUCUUCUUGUUCCCCUUUUCGCUCCUUACUCUUCUUUUCUGUUCUUGUUCUCCUUUUUCUUUUGCUCCCCAUUUUUUCUUCUUGUUCCCCUUUUCUCUCCUUGCUGCCCUUUUUCGUCUUGCUUCCUUUUUUUUGUCAUCUACUUAUCUUUUUUACUAUUUAUUUUUCUUUUUCUAUCUUUUUCUUUGUUUCUUUUUUAAUCUUCGUCUCUUUUUUUGUCUUCUUCAAACCACAUUGUUCCACUUUUUUUUCUAA